CUCUCGACUUCACUGCAGUUGUUCGAGUCGGUAGGUCUGUCUGCCGUGUGCGUGUGCGUGUGUGUACGUCGGUGAGUGUAUUAUUGUGUACGUGCGUGCGCGGUGUAUUCUCGUCGUAGCUCGCGAGUGUCGGUGUUGUUUUCUUUGUGUUUUCCAUCCGAAAGCGGAUUAUCAACCGAACGGUUUUUUCGAAAAUGCGUUAAUAUCUUUCCCCGUCGAAAUCGAAUCCUUUCCAGAGAACGCCGUGUGCUGUACGAGUGCGAUCCUUGGUAGCAGUAGAACGAUAAUCGUUAUCGUAUUUUAACAUCGUCGACGGGCGCGAAAAGCCGCUUACAAACAUGCCUUGUUCCGCGGUAACCCUUUCACUGGCCACCAUCACGGCCAUCGUGGCCACGGCUUUGCUGGCCAUCGCUUUUUCCACCGACAACUGGGUGUACUACGAAGUCAGGAGGAAUCAGAUACAAAAUACAGUCCAACAGCGCGGACCAUCCUCGGCGGCCGAACAAAUGAACAAAUAUUAUUACUACACUAGAACGAAGGGUCUUUUCAGAAUAUGCUAUCCCAAGGAAAGACCUCCGAGUGUUGAAACGUACCUGAGCCCGGUCGAGACGCACUGCAUGAACGUCGACUACUUCUUCUUGGACACGGACAACCAGACGCACGAGUUCUCCGAAGACGCCAUGACCAGACUGCACAUGGGCAGGUCGACGAUCGCGUUGUUCAUAGUGAGCUUUUUCGUGAUGUUCGUCGCCUUCUGGACCGGGGUCGCGGGAUGCUGGAGAAGAUCGCCCGGCAACAUCACGGCCACCGCCAUCCUGGUGCUCCUAGCGUGUUUGCUGAGCGCCGGUGCCAUGGGCUUCUGGCACGGGGUGGAGUACUACGAGAAGGAGCGCGUGGUAGGAGAGGAAUUCUACCAGCAGUGGAACAACGUGCUCAAGGAAAACACUCGCGUGUCCUACGACUGGUCGUUCUUCAUGGCGUGGACCGGCGUCGGGUUCUCACUGGUGUCCGCUCUGCUGUUUUCCGGCGCGGCCAUCUGUCUGCGAGGCGAACGCGAAAGGGAAGAGGCUCUCAACAUGCAAUACCUGAUGCCCGUAUAUCCGCAGAAACAGCAGUACGCAUACGCAGGAUACCCACAACCGAACGCGUAUCCAUCCGGACCUUACUACCACGGACAACAACAACAAUACGCCGGCCACUACAAUUACUAAACGCGGCUGAAAAAUCAAUCAGUCAGCUUCGUAUUGGUUUAAUGUUCGACCAAAAGAUACUGUCGUCAAACAUUGAAGACUGCGAACUUAUUCUUUCGUAUUGUAUUUGGUCGGACAUUAUAAACUCUAUUGCUUUAUGAUCAUACAUAUUAAAAAGAUUUUUUCUUAUAAA